GGGGGGGUGUGGACCGUGUCCCGGCGGAAGCGUGAGGGACCGAGCAGGGAACAGGGACUGGCGGCGGGAGCGGGCUGGCGCCGCCGGAGCAGCCGUGCCGGAGGACGGGAGACGCGGCUGUCACCACGGAGCCCGCCGGCGCUAACACGGCGGCGAACGCCGCUUCACGGCCUGGGGGCGCCGGGGACCAAGCAACCUCGCUGCCCCCGCCCCCACCGAGGAUGCCGCGCAGGAAGAGGAAUGCAGGCAGUAGCUCAGACGGGACAGAAGACUCCGAUUUCUCCACCGAUCCCGAGCACACAGACAGCUCUGAAAGCGAUGGCACAUCGCGGCGGUCUGCCCGUGUAACCCGCUCCUCGGCCAGGCUCAGUCAGAGCUCUCAAGAUUCCAGCCCGGUUCGUAAUCCACCGUCAUUUGGAGCAGAAGAGCCUGUCUAUUCUACGAGGAGGGUAACUCGCAGCCAACAGCAGCCCACUCCUGUGACUCCAAAGAAAUACCCGCUCCGGCAGACUCGUUCAUCUGGAUCAGAAACUGAGCAAGUGGUUGACUUCUCUGAUAGAGACACUAAAAAUGCAGCGGAUCACGAUGAGUCUCCACCUCGUACCCCCACCGGGAACGCCCCUUCCUCAGAGUCUGAUAUUGAUAUCUCCAGUCCAAAUGUAUCCCAUGAUGAGAGCAUUGCCAAGGACAUGUCCAUGAAGGAUUCUGGAAGUGACCUGUCUCACCGCCCUAAGCGCCGCCGCUUCCAUGAAAGCUACAAUUUCAACAUGAAAUGUCCCACUCCUGGUUGUAACUCUUUAGGCCACCUAACUGGAAAACACGAGCGACACUUCUCCAUAUCAGGAUGCCCACUGUAUCAUAAUCUCUCAGCAGAUGAGUGCAAGGUGCGAGCACAGAGCCGAGAUAAACAGAUUGAGGAGAGAAUGCUGGCCCAUCGGCAGGAUGACAACAACAGGCACGCCACCAGACACCAGGCACCAACCGAGAGACAGCUUCGGUACAAAGAGAAAGUAGCUGAGCUCAGGAAGAAGAGGAACUCAGGAUUAAGCAAGGAGCAAAAAGAAAAAUACAUGCACAGACAAACCUACGGCAAUACUAGGGAACCUCUACUUGAAAACCUGACUAGUGAAUAUGACCUUGAGCUUUUCCGAAGAGCACAAGCACGGGCAUCUGAGGACCUGGAGAAGUUGCGGCUCCAGGGCCAGAUCACAGAAGGCAGCAAUAUGAUUAAAACAAUUGCUUUUGGCCGUUACGAACUGGAUACGUGGUAUCAUUCUCCCUACCCAGAGGAGUACGCUCGCCUGGGACGUCUCUACAUGUGUGAAUUCUGUCUCAAAUACAUGAAGAGCCAGACAAUACUGCGCAGACACAUGGCAAAAUGUGUUUGGAAGCAUCCACCGGGUGAUGAAAUCUACCGCAAAGGCUCCAUUUCAGUUUUUGAAGUUGAUGGGAAAAAGAACAAGAUCUACUGUCAAAACCUGUGUCUGCUGGCAAAACUUUUCUUGGACCAUAAAACACUGUAUUAUGAUGUUGAACCCUUCCUGUUCUAUGUCAUGACAGAAGCUGACAACACUGGCUGUCACCUGAUAGGAUAUUUCUCCAAGGAGAAGAAUUCUUUUCUCAACUACAAUGUUUCCUGUAUCCUGACAAUGCCUCAGUACAUGAGGCAAGGUUAUGGCAAAAUGCUCAUUGACUUCAGUUAUUUGCUUUCUAAAGUAGAAGAAAAAGUUGGCUCUCCAGAACGUCCUCUGUCUGAUUUGGGUCUCAUCAGCUACCGUAGUUACUGGAAGGAAGUUCUGCUUCGUUACCUGCAUAAUUUCCAAGGAAAAGAGAUCUCUAUAAAAGAAAUCAGCCAGGAGACCGCUGUAAACCCUGUCGACAUUGUUAGUACGUUGCAGGCACUUCAGAUGCUGAAGUACUGGAAGGGAAAACACCUGGUCCUAAAAAGACAGGAUCUGAUUGAUGAAUGGAUAGCCAAAGAGGCAAAAAGAUCCAACAGCAAUAAGAUAAUGGAUCCCAGCUGUUUGAAAUGGACCCCUCCUAAGGGAACUUAACUGUCUGUCACUCCUGAAGCCAGUGAACCCCAGCAGUAGGAAAUACCCUAGGGAUCUCUGUUGUAUCUGUUGCUGUUGUGAUUGGCUGGUACAGUACCCUCCCGAAAGAUCAGUUCCCCUUGGUACUGUUCUGGCCCAGAUCUUUUGUGCACACCACAGACGCUAGUUCUGAGGAACUUUAUGUUUCGGCCUCAAUGAGGUUGCAAGGAUUGGAUCUGUAUAGGACCCAAACAAAGCUCCUAGCAGCACUGGCCCAAGGAGUUCUGAUAUCUGGUACUGUACCUGUCCAGUCACUGGUCUUACCCUCACGUUCUUAUUCCAAUGAGGUUGUGUUGUGUCCUGUAAUCUGGUUGUUUCUUCCUUCAGGUUCCUUGCUUUGUAAGUAACGGAGAUAACUUCUGUGGCUUUUGAACAAGGUCUAAUAGUGCUUGUUUGGGGGAAGUCUGGUUUUCUAACGAGCUGCAAUUACACUGACUUCAGCAUUUUAACUAGUCCUGCCUGAUGGACUGUUCCAUUCCGUAUAUCAGAUAGUUUUAGUAAGGUAACACGUCACCUCUUUCAGCAGUGUUUUCCGUAUAAUAUAGCAGGUCUUCACAUAGUUAAUAUUGUGCAGUCAGAAGCUUACAUAUCUUGUAACUGAGUGGUGUGAUUGUUAGUGUUAACCCCAGAGGAGUCAAGGCUAAGUGUCUGAGAACAUCACAGUCACAUGCUUCAUGGAGUUGCUCUUGGUACAGGCUCCUGGAGCUAUCACAGUACCACAUCCGUUGGAGAGACCUCUUUCAUUACACGUUGCUGCUUUCCUGGUUUCUCUCUUCGAGUUGGUGGGUUCCUUUACACAGAAAUAGCCCCUUUCAGUAUAUUUCACUGGAGAUACUUUUUCCCAGAAUGGUCUUCCUUGAAUCAUAUGUCUCUUCCUACUGGAGAGGAUUUUUUCCUCUAGACUGAAGAAAUAAAAUCUUAACUAUAGAUAGAUAUUUGAUAGCCUUGUCCAAACAGCCACAGAAACUCUGAAAUACAAAUAUUGUCAGUUGUUGGAUUGCCUACAGCGUACGUUCUGUGCAUCAGUGGCAGCUCCAGUUAGCUACGUGGAUGGUUUGCUUCUCUGACAGUGCAUCCUUGUUUGUCUUUGUAAAACAAAAAAGCUUUUACUUCCUCUGUCCCAUCAGCACCGCUGGAAGAAACUAUCAAACAAUGGCUUUCAAGUAUAACCACUGUCCUUGUGCCACAAGUUUGCUAUAUGGCUCCAAUGGGAUUAAAAGUGGGGGGACACAGUCUUGGAGUAGAUGAUGGCAGCAUCACGUAGUGCCAAUUUCCUUUAAACUUCCAGUGCUUUCUCAUUAAAUGGUGACUGAAGUGAAGCACUUGCAAUGUACCCGUAGGUAGGAGCCGUUUCCUGUUAACCACUGACCCAUCCUUAUGUGGAAAAGUUCUCUAUUGCCCUUCUGAUGGUUGUCUGCCUUUCUCUGCCUCCCUUAAAAAACAAAAAGAAGGAAAAAAAAAAGAAGAAAAAGGAAAAGGAAAAAAAAAAAGAUCAUCAGUACAUGAUGUAUACUUUGUGGGCAUUACUGAAUUUUGCUGUUUCAUGCCCUUUGCUCUUGUAUUGUAACUAACUCCAGAUACUCAUGAAACUAUCCAACAAAGUAGAUCUCUUGUGGAGUAGGGAAGAAGGCCAUUCUUGUGCAGAAGCUAAACCCUGUUCCCAUGAUGUGGUAGAAUGUGCUAUUCUUGUAUCUACUUCUCAAUAAAGCAUGUUCUCUGCUC